UAGGUAGUGUUGGGAGCUGCGAGCCAAGAGAGAAACCGUGUGACCUGAGUCAACACGGGGAAAUCUGAAUCAAAUUGGAGCCGUACAGCAUUGAAAUCGCGAACACUCUCAUCACAGCACAGACCCUGGAUAUGGCUACGUCUAUACUUGGGGAAGAGCCACGGUUUGGAACUACACCUCUAGCGAUGCUGGCUGCAACUUGCAACAAAAUUGGUAACACCAGUCCUCUUACAACUUUACCAGACUCCAGCGCUUUCUCCAAAGGUGGAUUUCACCCGUGGAAGAGAUCCUCCUCCAGCUGCAACUUGGGAUCCAGUCUGCCCGGUUUCACAGUAGCAACAAGCCGAGCUUCGACAGGACUAACACCGACCAGUGGCACAGGCAACAGCGCCUUUUGCUUAGCCUCCACCUCCCCGACCUCGUCUGCGUUUUCCACAGAGUACAGCGGUCUGUUUUCCAACUCUGCGAGCGUCACGACCCAGGAGUCUGGACAGUCUGCUUUUAUCUCCAAAGUCCACACAUCAGCAGAGACUCUGUACCCGCGGGUGGGGAUGGCGCACCCGUACGAGUCGUGGUACAAGUCGGGGUUCCACUCAACUAUCUCUGGUGAUGUCGCCAACGGGGCGUCCUCGUGGUGGGAUGUCCACACUAACCCCGGCUCGUGGCUCGAUGUCCAGAAUCCGGCGAGCACCCUCCAGACCUCACUGCACUCCGGGACCCCGCAGGCUAUCCACUCCCAGCUGAGUGGCUACAACCCGGACUUCUCCUCGCUCACCCACUCGGCGUUUAGCUCCACUGGAAUCAGCCCGUCCGCGUCUCACCUACUGUCCACCAGUCAGCACCUGUUAACGCAGGACGGUUUCAAAACGGUCAUCCCCACUUACACAGACGCUUCUGCCGCCAACGCCAUGAUUUCAGGGGGCAGCUCAGGAAUAAGCAGCUCCUCCAGGUCGUCCAGGCGGUACUCCGGCAGAGCAACAUGUGACUGUCCGAACUGCCAGGAGGCUGAGCGGCUGGGACCCGCCGGGGCCAGUCUGCGCAGAAAAGGACUGCACAGCUGCCACAUUCCCGGCUGCGGUAAAGUGUACGGAAAGACAUCUCACCUCAAAGCGCAUUUGAGAUGGCACACCGGCGAGCGGCCUUUUGUCUGCAACUGGCUUUUCUGUGGCAAAAGGUUCACUCGGUCCGAUGAGCUCCAGAGACACCUGCGCACCCACACCGGCGAGAAACGGUUUGCUUGCCCGGUGUGUAACAAGCGCUUUAUGCGGAGUGACCAUUUGAGCAAGCACAUCAAAACGCACACGGCGGGCGGAGGAGGCAAAAAGGGCAGCGACAGUGACACCGACACCAGUAACCUGGAGACCCCGAGGUCCGAGUCCCCAGAACUUAUUUUGGAGGGUGUGAACCCCAGAAUCACUGUUAAGGAUCCGUCUCCUCACGACGAGCCCUGAGGCUUCAUCUCCUCCUCCUCCUCCCCAAAAACAAAUCAAACCACAUUAAAAAAAAAAAACUGCACAGCAACGAAAACGGGUCUUAUUUGACGGACAAUAAAAAGGAGAAAAUAUUUCCAGAAGCGAUGGCAAAAAAAAAUCUAAAAGAGAAAAAAAAACCGGAGGAGGAGGAAAAAAAAAACAAAAGAUAUAUUCUCCACAGGCGUAACGAGUAUUUCAUUCGUGAGUUCAUCUCCAGAAAGCAGAGUGAUUUACUCACUGUAGGCCUCCACAACGUUUUUAGGGACAACUUGAAAAUGAAAUGGAUGUUUGCUUAACAAGGGUGCGCGAAACCUGUUGAACUUUGGUUGGACAAUGUGAGUUACAUCUUGUAUAUUGACGACUAAACUAUGUGUUCUUUUCAUGUAAAUGUUAGGCUAUGAUUGUUUUAUUCGUGUUGGUAUCCUGGAAAUCAGGGAGUUUACUUUCGACGCACUUUGUGGAUAUGUAUGUACACAGCUUUUUCAAAAAUUUUGGUUAACCAUUUUAUUUCUUUGCUAAAAAAAAAAAAAAAUUAUCUAUAUAUAAAUGUUUACCUGUAUAAAGUCACACGUAUAAGACUUUCAUUUUAUCGUAAUUAAAACAUCUUUAAAAAAGGC